GUUCAUUCAGCCGAUGUACAGUACUUUCCAACCACCUUUGCAGACGAGGAGCCAAAUCUACCCAGGUGAAGUUUCCCUGAAGUCGAAUGCCUUCAGAAAGAAACACGAUUUGUACCGCAGUGGAUCAUUCUAGAUAAAGAUAUUUCUUCAAAAUGUCAGGACCGAAAAUUGCUUGCAUCGGUAUUAUUGGAAAAGCUGACAAUCCUUUGCAUAUCUCGCUUUUCCCUCCUUAUUUGAAUUCUACUGUUGAAUUCUCGUUUCUAUUGAACUCUUGUCUUGAUAUCUUCGAGAUUCGGCAGAAGCAAACCUCAGUCGAUCAAGAUCUAGGCCUCUUACACGCUGUCGAUGAAAAGCUAGCAGCAUAUGGUUGGCUAACAACUACUGGAGUAAAAUUACUGGUGAUUGUUGAUUUGAUCGGACAACCUGUUCCAAGCAGCAUCGAGAAACAGAAAGGGUCUCCGAGGACUAGUUCCAAAGAUCCAGACCUGAAAUCGGUUUUUAGAGCCUUGCAGACAGCCUAUAUUCGGCUUUUUCAGAACCCGUUUUAUUCUCCGGAUGACCAUGUCCCUACAUUCAAAACUGCUGCCACUGCGUCGAAUUCUUUGCAAAUCACAGACCAUAAAUUCAUUGCGGAGGUCAAGCAUAUUGGUGAAACAUGGGGAGUAGAUGCGACUAUACUUUGAAGCGAUCUCUAUGGUAGAGACCGAUUCUCUAGGUAUGUCAAAGGAAUAACUGUGGCUCAUGAUCAUUUACAGGUCUAGAAUACAG